GCGGAAUAGAGGGAGGUUUGCAGUUGUUCUGACAACUCAAAUGACGAGAAAUCUUUUGUGACAGAAGAGCUGUCUGUCGUUGGAUCUCCCGCUGUUGAUUUUUUCACAUCACAAAAGAGCAGAGCAGACUUUGUGUCUGCCGACUGGACAAAGCGAGCAAAAGCAGGUUGAGGGCGGGCGAGCCGAAAGAACUGAGUCAGAAGUACGCCAGAAAGGCAAAUUGUCGUCGAUCGAGCUCCAAAAGGGUGAGUAGAAGCGGAACGACAACAGUGACGUCACAGGACAGGUCGGCGCUCCUUUGCUCGGCGGCUUCACGCGAUCCGACCUCCGCUUCCGACGCUAUGCAGCGUGCAGUUUUGGCGGUGGCGGCGCUGUUAUGCGGAGCGGUCCCGGCCCGGCCUUCGCCGCGUGGCGCUUAUGGGGACCGGGCCACUUUGGACCCCGAAGUCCACAUGAACAUUAGCGAGAUCAUCCGACAUUGGGGAUAUCCCGCCGAGGAGCACCAGGUGGUGACGGAGGACGGCUACAUCCUGACGCUCAACAGGAUCCCGACGGGACGGCGCUCCGGACAAAGUCCGACGGGCGCAGUCUUCCUGCAGCACGGCCUGCUGGCGGCCGGCAGCAACUGGGUGACCAACCCGCCGGCGUCGGGCCUGGGCUUCGCGUUGGCCGACGCCGGCUACGACGUCUGGUUGGGAAACAGCCGCGGCAACACCUGGUCGCGGAAACACCGCACCCUGACGCCCCGACAAGAGGAAUUCUGGAGCUUCAGCCACGACGAAAUGGCGCUUUUGGAUCUUCCGGCCGUGGUGGACUACAUCCUGAAAGCCACGGGUCAAGAAGGCAUCUUUUACAUCGGACACUCGCAGGGGACCACCAUCGGCUUCGUGGCGUUCUCCCAGCUUCCCCGAUUGGCCGCCAAGAUCAAGUUGUUUGUGGCCUUGGCUCCGGUGGCCACCGUGUCCUUCGCCAGAAGCCCCAUGAGCAAACUGGCCGUCCUGCCCGAAUUCCUGUUUUGGGACCUGUUCGGGAGGCGGGACUUCCUGCCGCAGAGUCACAUGAUCGAGUGGUUCGCCGAGCACGUGUGCGACAGACGACCGCUGGACCAUUUGUGCGCAAAUAUUUUCUUCGUCCUGUGCGGCUUCGACGAGCUCAACCUCAACGCGUCGCGCACGGCCGUCUACACCACGCACUGUCCCGCCGGAACGUCCGUCCAGAACAUGCUUCACUGGGCGCAGGCGGUCACCGGAGGUCAUCUGUCGGCGUUUGAUUUUGGGACGGCGGGCAACGUCAAGCAUUACAACCAGACGACGCCCCCGCGUUACAACGUGGGAGACGUCCGGGUGCCCACGGCGAUCUUCUCGGGGGGACGCGACACGCUGGCCGACCCCAAAGACGUGGCGCUGCUCCUCAUGCAGUUGCCCAACGUGGUCUUCCGUCAAGAAAUCCCCCACUGGGAUCACUUGGACUUCAUUUGGGGCCUGGACGCCCCCAAGCUGAUGUUCCCCACCAUCCUGAAGCUGAUGCAGCAGUACCGCUAGAGGUCGACCCUCUGCUGGAAAUGUGGAGGAGCCAAAGAACCAAAGACGAGCCCAAUCAAGUCCAGAUUAAAUAUCGAAGAAUCAUUCGAUGUAAUAGUCCGAAAGUUGUAAUAUUACCAGAGUAAAAACAAGGCAUACGUUGUCAUAUAAUGAGGAAAAAUCUUGUCCUUUUUCCGCUAAUAAUGUUACGACUUUGUUCUCGCAGUCUUUCUUUUUUUGCCCCUAAAUUGUAGCAUCAUCAUGCACACCAAGCCUUCUCGGGUGACAUCGUGAUGGGCUGCUCCAUUAAACACAUUUAAAAAGGC